AUGUACUACGACGGAACUGGAGAGGAUAACAACAAGGAGUCCUGCACAGGUGGCUACUGCACAAGCAUAGAGGGCUAUCUCAACGGGAGAAAGUACAUCGAACGAGGAUGCGCACCUAUCUCACCGUACACACAAGACACAUGUGUCACGAUGCGCACAAAUUCCACAUUCCUCGCAGGACUGGGCGAAGGAGGUCCUUUAUCGAGAGUAAAGCGUUCCCUUAACGUGAUCCUCGAUGCCAAGGAAUGCUUCUGCUCAUCUGACCACUGCAACACGUCGGCUACACAUUGCGUUUUGCGCUGGUGCUUUCCAUGGUCAUCUUGGCUGCCACCACCCGGUUUUUAUACUGAUCGCUUUGUGGAUUGCUCUCAUUAA